AAAUACUUCAAUGUGUGGUGAUACGCGGGUUUGCUGCUCAGGCAGUUGUCAUCCAGGUUCAAACUCUCAGAUUUUCAAUAUUCUUUAAAGUAAUUUGCAUUUCGACAUUAUUUACUAAAAGCACCCCUUUCAUGCAGAAGGGCUAGUUAAUGUAACAUGAUCACCCUCAGAGGAAAACUGAAAAAAGACAGCGAUGUUUCGAAUUCAAAAUCUAGGGAUACCAACAAACGUGUUUCGAUACGAGAUAAGCUGCUAGUCAGAGAGGUUCAGGAAAUGGAACAAACAUUACCCAGUACGUGCCAAAUUGUAUUUGACGAUCCGAACCGAUUGCAUGAGUUCACCCUUGUAGUUGUUCCUGAUGAGGGUUAUUGGGUUGGGGGUCGCUUUCAUUUUGGCAUCUAUGUAACAGAAGACUAUAACAUGGCUCCACCACAAGUCAAGUGCCAAACAAAACUAUGGCAUCCAAAUAUUAGUGAAGAUGGUGAUGUGUGCUUAUCACUUCUGAGACAAAGUAGUAUUGAUGGAUUAGGUUGGGCACCCACUCGUAAACUGAAAGACGUUGUGUGGGGAGUGAAUUCUCUUUUCACGGAUUUGUUAAACUUUGAUGACCCUUUGAACCGAGAAGCUGCAGAGUUAUUCUUAGUUGAUAAAGAGUCUUUCAGGCACAAAGUAAAAGAAUAUGUCACACAAUAUGCUAAGAGAUGAUUUCCAUUUUCUCAAGCGCUAAUUCACAAUGAAAUCUGUCUUUGAUACAUCAUAUUGGUUAUUGUACUGUGUCACAUUUUUAGUGAUGUUGGAUGUAUUUAUUUUUUGAAGGACUUUUGUUUUCUCAUUUAUACUAUUAAAAAAAUGUUAAACACACAUGGGAUGUUUUGUUUUUUAAAUCAUUGCAACAUUUCGAUUGUAUGGCCUCAGAUACUGACAAAACAAGAAAUGCAAGGCCUCACAAAUCUACAACAAAUUUGAUCUUGAGAUAAAAUGAUAAGCAAUGUAACGUGAGAAGAUAACAAUUGUAAAUAAAUAUUUAAUGAUA